AAUGGCCCCAGAGUUCUAAAACAAUAAAAGUAAGACUGUUUGUAAAAUUAAAUAUGUGGAAGUCACCAUCAUCAUUUUCCUCUUCCCUUAACAUCUCCUUCUUCAUCAUUCAUCUAUUUCUACUUCUUUUAAUCAUCAACCAACGUGUUGCUGUUGUAGUUUCAUCACAACCACUUUACACAAAUUCAAGAUGGAUUGUCAACUCAACAGGGCAAAGAGUGAAAUUAGCAUGUGUAAAUUGGGUGUCACAUAUGGAUGUAAUGUUAGCAGAAGGACUAAAUCAACAACCAGUUGAUGCAAUUUCUAAAUCAAUUAUCAACAUGGGCUUUAAUUGUGUUAGACUUACUUGGCCUCUCUAUUUGUUUACUAAUGAUACUUUGUGUUCUAUAACUGUUAGACAAUCUUUCAAGAACCUUGGACUUUUUAGCUCUAUUCUUGGUCUUCAAGCUAAUAAUCCUUCCAUUGUUGAUCUCUCUGUCCUAGAUGCUUUCAAGGCAGUGGUGGCUAGCCUUGCAAAAAACAAUGUGAUGAUCAUAUUAGACAAUCACAUAAGCAAGCCUGGGUGGUGUUGCAGUAGAUUUGAUGGCAAUGGCUUCUUUGGAGAUCAAUACUUUGAUCCUCACCUUUGGAUCCAAGGCCUUACAAAAGUAGCCACCACUUUCAAUACCACUACCAAUGUUGUAGGCAUGAGCUUAAGAAAUGAACUUCGUGGACCUUUACAAAAUGUUGAUGAUUGGUAUAGGUACAUGCAGAAAGGAGCUGAAGCAGUGCAUGCAGCUAACUCUGAUGUUCUUAUCAUUCUAUCUGGCCUAAGUUUCGACAAGGAUCUUUCUUUCUUGCACCAAAGACCGGUGAACUUGACAUUCAGUGGCAAGCUAGUUUUUGAGAUUCAUCGAUAUGGUUUCACAGAUGGAGACACUUGGUCAGCAGACAACGCAAACCAAGCAUGCGGAGAAGUGUUGAAUGACAUGGUGAGCAAAGGAGCUUUUGUUUUAGAACAAGGCUACCCAUUGUUCGUGAGUGAGUUUGGAGUGGAUCAAAGAGGCACCAAUGUAAACGACAACAGGUAUUUCAAUUGCUUUCUUGGACUGGCGGCUGAACUUGACUUCGAUUGGGCAUUGUGGACACUCGUCGGGAGCUAUUAUUUGAGAGAUGGUAUUGUGGGACUCAAUGAGUACUAUGGUAUUUUAGAUUGGAACUGGUUCGAUAUCAGGAAUUCAAGCUUUCUGCAAAGGAUCUCAGUCAUCCGCACGCCAUUCCAAGGACCAGGAUAUACCGAGACUCGUCCACAUAAAGUAAUUUUCCAUCCUAUGACAGGGCUUUGUGUUCAAAGAACUUCAUUGCUGCAGCCAUUGGAGCUAGGUCCAUGUUCUGAGGCUGAAGCAUGGGGCUAUGCUCCAGCAAAAGCACUGACAGUAUUAGGAACUUACUUUUGCCUGCAAGCAGAUAAUAUGCCCGGGCAGCCAGCAAAACUUAGUAUGAUAUGCAGUGAUGAUAGCUCAAAAUGGGAUACCGUCUCAGACUCUAAGAUGCAACUAUCUUCUAAGCUAAAAGAUGGUACUAGUAUUUGCUUAGAUGUUGAUCCCAACAAUGUCAUUGUCACACAAACAUGUAAGUGUCUGAGCACAAAUGAUACUACAUGUGAUCCUGGAAGCCAGUGGUUCAAAAUAAUUGACAGCACAAGGGCAACAAAAACUACAAAAUCCUUUCUUCAAAUCAAACCAAUCAUUCAGUUUCUAGCGAGGAAUUUCUUUGGAAGCUACAUCUAAUAACAUAGAGUAGUUCAUUUAAGCUUGCAAUUUAAACUUUUCCAACACUUAAAUACCCAUGGAAUUUUUGACAAUAUAACAGUUUAAAGAAAUCCAAAUGGAUUCUAUCAUUGCAGU